CUUCCCGCUGCAGCUGGGUCCCGAAGCAGUGCCCUUCAGUGGAGACGCUGCGCGAGGUCGUGUUUGUUUGCCUGGCGCGGAAUGCGGAAACCUUGGCAAAGGGCUGCCAGGCCAAAGGUGGGCGCCCCUCCUGGCCAGAGCAGAGAGUGAGAGAGAGAGUGGAGCGGUGGAGCAGGAGCCCGCUUCCCUUCCCGACCAUCAUUCGGAUUGAUUGACUGGCAGCCCCGGAAUCCCGCGGAGUCCUGCGGGUACCUGAAAGACCCAGCAGAAGCUUGGGUGCAGUUCAUUUUUUUUCUAGAAUAUCCUGCAUCAGGAGAAAAAAAACAUGAAGGAAACUCAAAAAAAGAAAUCAGUUGAUUUGUACAGUGAUGGUCCUCAGUGGAUGUCUAAUUUACCAGAAUCUCUUUGGAGCAUUCCUCUCUCUAACCUGUCAUUACCAGGUAGUCAUGAUGCUAUGACGUACUGCUUGGAUAAAGAGUCAGAAGUAAGCGUAAAUGAAUCCAAGUUGUUGCAAUUUAUGGACAAACAUAUGCAUCGCAUUGUGCACCCUAUUAUUUUGAAAUGGUCUAUAACGCAGGUGCUGACCGUAUUAGAGCAACUGGAUGCUGGAAUUAGGUAUUUUGAUUUAAGGAUUGCUCACAAACCUGAUGAUUCUUCUAUGAACUUAUACUUUGUUCAUAUGCUAUAUACAACAGUUGUUGUAGAGGCUGUCCUGUGGGAUAUUUUACGUUGGUUGAAGAACCAUCCCUGGGAGGUGGUUGUUCUUGCUUUCAGAAAUUUUGAUGGAUUGGAUGAGGAGCAUCACUGUCACUUGAUCUCCUGUAUAAAGAAGAUAUUUGCUGGCAGAAUCUGCCCUAGAAAUGUUGUACCAACUCUACGGAACCUGUGGUCUGGUAACUAUCAGGUUAUUGUGUCCUAUGAUGAUAUUUCACAAGUGACGCGGCAUUAUGAAUUGUGGCCUGCAAUUCCAUACUGGUGGGGAAAUAAGACAACAGCAGCAAAGCUUAUCCAGUAUUUGGAGAGGAGGAAACAGGGUGGACGUCCAGCGGGAUUAUUUGUUGCAGGAAUCAACCUCACUGGAGAUCUAGGGUAUAUCCUGGCACAUCUGCGUGGCUCUCUUAAAGAAAUGACCCUUACUGCUCUUCCGUUUUUAAAUCUAUGGAUAAAAAACCAACAUCCUGGACCAAAGAAAGACUGCAUCAACAUCAUUGCUGGAGACUUUAUAGAAAAAAAUGACUUUGUGAAGAAUGUGAUAGAGCUGAAUAGCAAACUUUUGAAAUAGCACUUUUUCUGUUCACUUUUUUGGGAGACAAAACACAGGUUGGGACUAAGCCCUGGCUCCAAUGAGAGACAGAAGAAAUCAAUAAUCAACUACCUCAUAGGAAUUCUGUAACUAUCUCACAUGCACCUAAGAAUAUAUUUAAAAACUCUUGUUAAGGAUCAACUGUGAAAGAGUCAGUGAUGUUCUAAGAUGUCAGUGUGAAUAAAAACAUUUCACAGUGAAAGUGGGAACUAUUCAAAAACCCAGAGCCUUUAUGUAUGUGCAUUACAUUUUCAUCUCCUAAGUUCUGUUACAAAUCUGGUGUGCAUUAAGGUGUGAUGAUUGCUCAUUUGUCUCUAUCAAAUAUUAGUUGACACUGAUCAUCUCUUUAGGAGGAAGGGGAAGGCUAAGCCUAUCUUUCUUUACAUAAGCAGAUGACUGGAGUUUAGAACCACCUGUUAACUGAUGUGUUUGAUGUGCCACCCAGUGACAGAAGCUAGGGGCAAAGCAGUGUUUCAGAGAGACAAAUCCAGAAGUGGGCUAAUUUUUAAAUCUAUGUAGUUAAGGUUUAAGUAUUUAUUAUUCUCCAAGUGCUUACAGCAAUGACAGCUCUGCCUGUCUGCUCAUGUAAGCUAAAGUUUGUACCUGUCAACUGGAAAUCUUUAUCUAGACAGGUAUAAAUGAUUUGUGAAAAGAAAAAUAGAACAUAACCUCAGGGUUUGAUUACCCCUCCUCCAGCCUUUAAUCUUUGUGCCACAAUGGCUUAACUGGCCAUCAUUAUCUUUUGCUAUUGUUGAAUGCCAGAAAUUGACUGCCCCCCCCCCCCAAGGGGAAGGGCCUAAAAGGAAAUACACACUUUGUCACUAAUAUUAGGCAAGAUAACCAGCCGAUUAAGGACUUAGUCAGCAAAUUGUAUUUGAGUUCAUCUUAAAAUUGUUAUUUUCUGCAAAGACUAUGAAGAAUUCAAAAAUAACCUUCCCAGUUUGGGUCAACUGGGGACACCAAGCCAAAUGAAGCAUAAUGUGAUGGACAUAGAAGUGAUUAAAACCCAACUUUAUAUAGGCACUAAUAGGGAGUGUGUAAUGGUGGUAGUGCUAGAUAGCCAUGAGUAGGGCUACUCUCCUCUUUUAAAGCUGUGAGUCAUAAUAAUUAAAAUCUAUUUGUGGAGGCAGGGGUGGCAGUAUUGUCCUUUUGAGCUCCUUGUGAACUCUGUUUCCUUUUUAUGUUCUUAGCAGUCAAAAAUAGUUCCUUGCAUUCCCUCUUAGGAAUAUUUGGGGAAUAAGAAAUAUAUCAGUCAAUGAAAUUAAGAGUAUGAAGUUUUAGUUUAAGUAGUAGCACUGUGAUCUUUUGUCAUUAACAUGUUACAAGAAGCACUAUGCAACAUUAUAUGAAAGAAUGUUAAAUAGUUCCCAUUGUGACUUUUCAAAUGUUAUUGUUCUGUAUUGAGUUAUCUAGUUCUCCUUAAGACAUAUUUAUGUGUUUUUGUUUUAUAGUCACAAAAGAAUGCUACCCACUACCACAAUUGAAAAAAGGCUUGAGGAAUACUUCACUCAGCAGCGUAUGUUUCUGUAACAAAUGGCCAGUAAUCUUAAUAAAAAUGCUUAUACUAAU